AAAAAACGGUCCGAAUGAAAGCCCAGUCCGUUGAACACCCCUGCUCUCAGUUAACUCGGAGAGAGUACAAUAAAACACGAAUAUCCGUUACUCGAUUUGGUUUCUUUAUCUCCGUAAACUUUUCCUAUUUCUGCGUCCAUCCAACCGUUUUAGGGUCGUGAAUUUGUUCUCUUCAUCUUGGAUUCCACAUUCUGGUCAUCUUCUUUUUCAAUCUUUCUCCGGCGAGAAUCUGAGAUAACGGAUUCUGAAACGGGGAAAUGGGUUCGAUGAUUACUGGGAAAAGGCCAUCGGAAAAUGGGGAUUGUUCUUUGUUGAUGUCUCAACCAAGAUGUAAGAGGCGAAAAGUAUCGGUAAUUCGUGAUUUUCCUAAUGGAUGUGGCCCGCAAGCGAAAAUUAGCCUACCUGUGAAGGAAGUAGGAAAUAAGGAACAAAAAGAGGAUGAUGUUCCAAGAGAUUUGGAGUGUAAUGGGGAAAAGGGUAAAGAUCUUUGUGAAAUGGUGAAGAGAUUAUCUCCCAAAGAAAAAAUUAGCCCACGUGUGAAGGAAGUAGGAAAUGGGGGACAAAAAGAAAAUGUUGUUCUAAGAAAUGGGGAAAAGAGUAGAGAUCUUUGUGAAAUCGUGAAGAGAUUAUCACCCGAAGAAAAAGUAUAUUCAAAAAGUCACGAGGUUGUUUUGUGCUUGUAUGCUGUCAAAGUAGAGAAAUCUUAUUUGGUGAAAUGUGAGGAGGUGCAGCGUGGAAAUGAAGAUUCAUCAAUGUGUUUGAUAGACGGGAUGUUAGAGUCAUCAAAUGCACGCAAGGAUGCCAGUGCUCUUGAUCUUGAAGAACCCGCUCAUGCUGUUGAUAACAAAAUUGCGUAUGAGGGAAAUAAUGGUGUAAACCUUUCUUUACUUCCACAUUAUCCAAUCCCGCCAAAUUUUGUUUGGAAGGAACCUAAAUAUCCUCCUCAAAGAAAGAUUUCUGCUAUUCGUGAUUUUCCAGAUGGCUGUGGCCGUAAUGUGCCUAGGUGUGGUGUUACAGAAGGCACACAUGUUACUCGAGUGGAACUAGAUUUGAAGGAUGACAAAGCUGUUGUAUUGUAUUAUACAAAUCUGACUGCUGGAGAGCCAAAGGAUGACAAUGCUCUGACUGAUCAGGUACAAGAUCUUGUUUCAGGAAUAGUUGUAGAUACCCGUGGACAAUUUUCAGAGAGCGAUAAACUUUUGAUCAGCAAAUCAAGUGAGAGUAAGGGACAAGAUGAGAAUUUUAAAGAUGAAAAUGAUGAACAUACUGAAAAUGAUAUAGAACUUAUCGAAUAUAAUGGAAAAGAUGAGGCUGAUAUGAGUAAGCCUGAUGAACUAAACAAAGAGAUUAUAGUUUAUGAUAAAGAUAAAAGCAAGAGAAAGCCAACUGGUUUUCCUUGUAGCAAUGUUGGAUCGCAGGGGGAUGUGGUUGUUAAAAACUCACAACCUGGUUUUCCAUGUAGCAAUGUUGGAUUGCAAGGAGAAGAUAUAGUUGGUGCUGAAAGUGGAAAUAAGAUUCUUGUCGUACAAGAUCUUAUGUCUGCACCUCAUUGUUCAUGGAGGCAGGAGAAAGUGGAAGCUAAAUCCAAAUCAACUACAAUGAGUGUAAGGAAAAAGAAAGUGAGGAUGGAUGACUCUUCUCGCCGAAAUUCACGCAAGGGUUCACCUACAAGCAAAGAUGAUACCCAAAAUUUGGCAGGAAAAGGUAUGAACAUACCUUUUUUGGAGGAGGAAAUAGAUGAUGUGGUUCUUAAAACCUCACAAACUGGUUUUCCAUGUAGCAACGUUGGAUUGCAAGGAGAAGAUAUUGUGGUUGCUGAAAGUGGAAAGAAGUUUCUUGUCGUACAAGGUCUUAUUUCUGUACCUCAUUGUCCAUGGAGGCCGGGGAAAGUGGAAGAAGUUAAAUCCAAAUCAGCUACAGCUAGUGUAAGGAAAAAGAAAGUGAGGAUGGAUGACACUUCUGUCCAAAGUUCACACAAGUGUUCACCUACAAGCAAAGACGAUACCCGAAAUUCGGCAGAAAAAGGUAUCAACAUACCUUAUUUCGAGGAGGAAAUAGAUUUGGAUGACUCGUCUGAAAAUGAUGAAGCUAAUGACUUUCAGUUUCUUCCAAGAGGGCGUGUUUGCGAUGUCAGUCUUUUUCCUUUUGGUGCUAGUUCUUCAAGCCAGAGAGGUGUUCGCAGUAAAGUACGAGAAACAUUACGAUUAUUUCAGGUUCUUCACAGAAAGCUAUUGCAAGAAGAAGAAACAGCAAAGUCCAAGGACCAAAACAAUGGUGUUAGGGCUGAUAUACAAGCUGCAAAAAUACUUAAGGAUCUUGGAAAAUACAUCAACACGAAAAAAAUAGUUGGUCCUAUCCCUGGAGUAGAAGUGGGUGAUAUAUUUAACUACCGAAUUGAACUUGCAAUAAUUGGGCUGCAUGGACCGCUACAAGGUGGUAUAGGUACAAUCAAAAUAGGUAAACAGCCUGUUGCAAUCAGUAUCGUGGCUUCUGGAGGAUACGCUAAUGAGGUGCAAAGCUCUGAUGUAUUGAUAUAUACUGGUCAAGGAGGAAACGGUACAGGUGCAGAUAAGCAACCUGAAGAUCAGAAGCUUGAAAGAGGGAAUCUUGCCUUGAAGAACUGCAUAGAUAAAAAGACCUUGGUGAGGGUUGUUCGUGGAUGUAAAGACACAAAAUCUUCUGAUACUCAUGAUGGAAGAGCAAGAACAGUUGCAACAUACACUUAUGAUGGUCUAUACACUGUUGAGAAGUAUUGGCACGAUCUUGGACCCCAUGGGAAGUUGGUGUACAAAUUCGAGCUAAGAAGAGUUCCAGGUCAGCCAGAGCUUGCUUGGGAAGUGAAACAAUCCAAAAAAUUUAAAGCACGUGAGGGUCGUUGUGUAGCCGAUAUCUCCGAAGGAAAAGAAAUUUUCCCAAUAUGUGCAGUCAAUACCAUAAGUGACGAGAAGCCUCCACCGUUUGGGUAUAUGACAAGCAUGAUGUACCCCAAUUGGUGUCAGCCUAUACCUCCCAAGGGCUGUGAUUGUAAGAAUGGUUGUUCAGAUUCUGCGCAGUGUGCUUGUGCCCUUAAGAACGGAGGGGAGAUUCCAUUCAAUCACAAUGGGGCUAUUGUUCAAGCAAAGCCCCUUGUAUAUGAAUGUGGGCCAUUAUGUAAGUGCCCUCCAUCUUGUCACAAUAGGGUCAGCCAACUUGGUAUUAAACUUCCUCUUGAAAUCUUUAAGACUGACUCUAGGGGCUGGGGUGUAAGAUGUCUAUCAGCAAUUCCAUCUGGUAGCUUCAUAUGUGAAUAUAUAGGAGAGCUGCUGGAUGACAAGGAAGCUGAGCAAAGAACCGGCAAUGAUGAAUAUUUAUUUGAUAUUGGGCAAAAUUAUGAUGAUUCUUCUCUUUGGGAAGGACUUUCCACUCUCUUGCCUGAUGUUCAAUCAAAUACUGAUGAUGUGGUAGAAAAUAUUGGUUUUACAAUCGAUGCAGUGAAUUUUGGGAACAUUGGGAGGUUUAUCAAUCAUAGCUGUACCCCUAACCUCUAUGCUCAGAAUGUCCUUUACGAUCACGAAGACAAGAGAAUUCCCCACAUUAUGUUUUUUGCAGCAGAAAAUAUUCCUCCACUUCAAGAGCUUACCUAUCAUUACAACUAUACCAUAGAUCAGGUUUUUGAUUCUGAGGGAAAUAUUAAGAAAAAGAGUUGCUACUGUGGCUCGUCGGAGUGCACUGGUCGGAUGUAUUGAUGAAAUCCUUCACUUCACCCAUCUUUACCAUAACACAGAUUUGUUAUAAAUCCUAAAUUGCAUGUUUUGGUCGCUGGAAGAAUCAGAUUGUAUGCAGGCGAUUGCUGGAAGAGUUCAGACAAGAUCAAUGGAGGAAGUGUUUCUGCCAGGGGGAAGUUUUUGGCUGUUCAAUAAAACUCGAGGGCCGUCAUUAAGGCCUCAAUAAUCCAAUCGAAGCAUAACUCUCAACCAUUUUGGAAUUGGCAAAAAAGUCAGGCCUCCUUGCAGUGGAAACUGAUACACUGUUUAUAUAAACAAUGCUCGAGAUUUGAAUAUGCAAGGGAAAUUUAAACCCAUAAUAACUUGGAAUGGUAGUUUUUAUGGUGACUCAUAGCGUAGCAAAAUUCCGUCUCCAAAUUGCAACAAAGACAAUGCCAAAGUCGUAAUUUCAGGAGAUGAGAUCACCAGAUUGGCUACAUAAAUCGAAACAAAUCAACAACAAUGCACCUUGCCCAUUCAUUCAAGUCUUUCAUGCCAACUUACCUGCUGUCCUGAAGAUGAGUUCAACACCGACAUUAAGUUCACCUUCCUUCAAUGUAAUAUAUGUCUAUCGGUGUUAAUCUGUAUGUUCUUCGGGCUCAUCCUUUUUGUUUUAUGUGUUGCAAGAAAUUUGCCAACUUUGUGUUGGUGUUUUAUUAUGGCUAAAUAUGGUUUCUCUCUUUUUGGUUCAAAAAAACAAGGUUGCUUUGAUCAGCAAUGACAGUACAAGGUGGUACUUAAAAAAAUAUUGAGAUUGUAAUUCGCAAAUAACCUAAAUUUUAAGAUCGUAAUUAUUGUACAAUUGCAAAGUGUAGUACAUGUUUGGUAUCUCCAAAAUUUAUUUCACUUGAACAUUGAUUUAGUUUGUAAAUGAA